AUGGCACCAAUUCAGUCAUACGUAUUUAUUGAUUUAGAAACUACCGGCUUACCGGUCAGGGAAUCUUAUCAAACAAAAAUAACAGAACUUAGCAUAGUGAUAGUGAAAAGGAGACAUAUAUUGGAUACAGUACCAGGGACGCUACCGCGUGUCCAACACAAACUCACCUUAUGCUUCAAUCCGGGCAGAAUGAUAGAUCCUGAAGCAUCCCAAGUGUCUGGACUCGACAACGAUCUAUUGGAAUUCGAAACAAUGUUCGAUAUACAUGCUUUUAACACCAUCAAGGAGUUCCUCACGUGUCAAGAGAAACCAUUGUGUUUGAUUGCCCACAAUGGUUUUAACUUUGAUUUUCCAAUACUGAAAAGCCGUUUUGAGAUGUUAAACGCCCAUCUGGAUGCAGAUGUGAUGUGCGCAGAUAGUCUUAAUGGCUUUUAUGACAUACUCAGGGAAGGUCCAAAUUUUCAGGUUGCUAUGCCAAAUGUCGUUCCUAAGAGAAUUACUGAGAUCAGGAGGAGAUUUUUUUACGGUAACAACCAAAGGCCAAAUCAGUCUUUUAGUCUUAUAGACAUAUAUGAGCGUGUUUUAGGGCGGCCAGCUAUCGAACCUCACAGGGCUGCGAAUGACUGUGUAAUGAUAGCUCAGAUUGCAAUCGCUAGAACUAGAGAGUUUGUGGCAUGGAUUGACAACAACCAUUGUCCCUUUUCAGAAGUUACUGCCAUGUCUCCUGAUGUGCAAUUGGGUUUCCUGGUAUUAACAGGAUUAUUUUGGGGCUGUACAAAUCCAUUUAUCCGGCAAGGGACGAAAGGACUACGUGAUGUCACUGCCACCACACGACUUGGCCAGGCGUGGGCGGAGAUCACCUUCUUACUUGGAAACUGGAAGUACGUGUUGCCGUGGCUGGUGAACCAGGCAGGUUCACUGGUGUACUUAGCAGCGGUCCGCCGCGCUCCGCUAUCAGUGGCGGUGCCCACUGCUAACAGUCUAGCCUUCGCCUUCACUGCUAUCACUGGUGCCACGGUUGGAGCUGAGGAACCGCUUGAUAGAUGGUCUGUUCUUGGGAUAGUGCUUAUAAUGGGAGGAACUGCAUUGUGCUGUUAUGACAAGACUAGCUGA